GCGCGACCGGGUUGGGGGGGCAAGAUGGCGGCGGCAGUCGGGAUCUGCGGCCGGUGCAAGCUGCUCACCUGUUCCGGCCCGGGCUGGCUCCUCAGGCUUUCAGCCUUGCUCAGUGUGGCUGCUCGAGGGGCCUGGGCCACCACGCACUGGGUCGUCACGGAGGAUGGGAAGAUCCAGCAGCAGGUAGAUUCACCAAUGAACUUGAAACAUCCCCAUGACUUAGUCAUAUUGAUGAGACAAGAAACCACAGUAAACUACCUCAAGGAAUUGGAGAAGCAAUUAGUUGCUCAAAAAAUUCACAUAGAAGAGAAUGAGGACAGGGACACAGGACUGGAACAGAGACAUAACAAAGAAGAUCCGGACUGCAUCAAGGCCAAGGUGCCCCUGGGUGACCUGGACCUGUACGAUGGCACGUACAUCACGCUGGAGAGCAAAGACAUCAGCCCUGAAGAUUAUAUAGACACAGAGUCUCCUGUCCCUCAGGACCCUGAGCAGCCUGAUUGUACUAGAAUCCUCGAGCUUCCGUACAGCAUACAUGCUUUUCAGCACUUACGAGGUGUACAAGAAAGAGUUAAUCUUUCUGCACCUCUGUUGCCUAAGGACGAUCCUGUUUUCACUUAUUUAUCUAAACGAUUGGGAAGGAGUAUAGAUGACAUUGGUCACCUCAUUCAUGAAGGGUUACAGAAGAAUUCUUCCUCUUGGGUACUGUAUAAUAUGGCUUCCUUUUACUGGAGAAUAAAGAAUGAACCUUAUCAGGUAGUGGAAUGUGCCAUGCGAGCACUUCACUUCUCUUCCAGGCACAACAAGGACAUUGCCUUGGUCAAUUUGGCAAACGUUCUACACAGAGCGCACUUCUCUGCCGACGCAGCUGUUGUGGUCCAUGCAGCUCUGGAUGACAGUGACUUCUUCACCAGCUAUUACACUUUGGGGAAUAUAUAUGCAAUGCUUGGGGAGUAUAAUCACUCAGUGCUUUGCUAUGACCAUGCUCUGCAGGCCAAACCUGGGUUUGAACAAGCUAUAAAGAGAAAACACGCUGUCCUAUGUCAGCAAAAACUGGAGCAGAAAUUGGAGGCUCAGCAUAGAUCCCUGCAGAGAACACUAAAUGAGUUGAAAGAGUAUCAAAAGCAGCAUGACCACUACCUGAGACAGCAGGAGAUCCUAGAAAAGCACAAACUGAUUCAGGAGGAACAAAUUCUGAGAAAUAUCAUCCACGAGACUCAAAUGGCCAAAGAAGCACAACUAGGCAAUCAUCAGAUCUGCCGCCUGGUUAACCAGCAGCAUAGUUUACACUGCCAGUGGGACCAACCUGUGCGCUACCACCGUGGAGAUAUCUUUGAAAAUGUGGACUAUGUUCAGUUUGGUGAGGAUUCAUCAACCUCCAGUAUGAUGUCUGUGAAUUUCGAUGUUCAAGCUAAUCAGAGUGAUGUCAUUGACUCUGUUAAGUCCUCUCCCGUUGCACAUUCUGUUCUCUGGAUCUGGGGCAGGGACUCUGAUGCAUACAGGGAUAAACAGCAUAUUCUGUGGCCUAAAAGAGCAGACUGUACAGAAAGCUACCCUAGAGUCCCUGGCGGUGGGGAGUUGCCAACAUAUUUUCUGCCUCCGGAAAACAAAGGACUCAGGAUCCACGAACUGACCAGUGAUGAUUAUUCUUCAGAAGAGGAGGCCCAAACCCCUGACUGUUCCAUAACUGACUUCCGAAAAAGCCACACCCUGUCCUACUUAGUCAAAGAAUUAGAGGUCCGCAUGGAUCUGAAAGCCAAAAUGCCAGAUGACCAUGCACGAAAAAUUUUGCUUUCCCGUAUUAAUAACUAUACUAUCCCAGAAGAGGAAAUUGGGUCUUUCUUAUUUCAUGCUAUUAAUAAGCCAAAUGCUCCAGUCUGGCUCAUCCUCAAUGAAGCCGGACUGUACUGGAGAGCGGUAGGAAACAGCACGUUUGCGAUCGCCUGCCUUCAGAGGGCUUUGAACUUAGCUCCUCUUCAAUACCAGGAUGUUCCUCUUGUCAACUUGGCCAAUCUUUUAAUUCACUAUGGCCUUCAUCUGGAUGCUACUAAGCUGCUGCUUCAAGCUUUGGCCAUUAAUAGCUCAGAGCCGCUGACCUUUUUGAGCCUGGGAAAUGCUUACCUUGCUCUGAAGAAUAUCAGUGGGGCACUUGAAGCCUUUAGACAAGCUUUGAAAUUAACUACCAAAUGCCCAGAGUGUGAAAACAGCCUGAAGUUGAUCCGCUGUAUGCAGUUUUACCCUUUUCUGUACAAUGUCACCUCUUCUGUUUGCAGUGGUCAUUGUCAUGAAAAAACCCUGGACAGCAGUCACAACAAACAGAAAUACUUUGACAGCUCCCGGUCCCUGGCUGCUGAGGAGCAGCCCUCUGACAGAGCAACAGAGGACCCCACGCUCUCUGCUGCAAAUUCAGGGAGGCACUCGGAGGCCCUUCGACUGGAAAGUACAGUGGUUGAGGAGAGCAAUGGUUCUGAUGAGUUGGAGAAUUCAGAUGAAACAAAGAUGUCAGAAGAAAUACUGGCUUUGGUGGAUGAAUUUCAACAGGCUUGGCCUCUAGAAGGCCUUGGGGGAGCACUGGAGAUGAAGGGGCGGCGUCUAGACUUGCAGGGGAUACGUGUGCUGAAGAAAGGCCCGCAGGAUGGAGUGGCCAGAAGCUCUUGCUAUGGAGACUGCAGAAGUGAAGACGAUGAAGCAACAGAAUGGAUCACGUUCCAGGUCAAACGAGUAAAGAAACCCAAAGGGGAUCAUAAGAAAACUCCUGGGAAAAAGGCAGAAUCAAGUCAAGCAGAAAAUGGACAUAGACACCAAGCAAACCUGGAGAUCACUGGCCCCAAGGUGGCAUCCCCUGGGCCGCAAGGGAAAAAACGGGACUACCAGAGUCUGGGAUGGCCCAGCCCAGAUGAAUGUCUCAAACUCCGCUGGGUGGAGCUCACUGCCAUCGUGAGUACCUGGCUCGCAGUUUCUUCAAAAAACAUCGACAUUACAGAACACAUAGACUUUGCCACCCCAAUACAACAGCCGGCAAUGGAGCCCAUUUGUAAUGGCAACCUGCCCACAAGUAUGCACACCCUGGAUCACCUGCAUGGAGUCUCAAACCGAGCCAGCCUGCACUACACGGGGGAGAGUCAGUUAACAGAGGUACUGCAGAAUCUUGGCAAAGACCAAUAUCCACAGCAGUCACUUGAGCAAAUUGGCACUCGAAUAGCCAAAGUUUUGGAAAAGAACCAGACUUCCUGGGUGCUCUCCAGCAUGGCUGCCCUCUACUGGCGAGUGAGAGGCCAAGGGAAGAAGGCCAUCGACUGCCUGCGCCAGGCCCUCCACUACGCGCCACACCAGAUGAAGGAUGUGCCCCUCAUCAGCCUGGCCAACAUCUUGCACAAUGCCAAGCUCUGGAACGAUGCCGUCAUCGUAGCCACCAUGGCAGUGGAGAUCGCGCCACACUUCGCUGUGAACCACUUCACACUGGGCAACGUCUACGUGGCGAUGGAGGAGUUUGAGAAAGCCCUGGUGUGGUAUGAAUCCACACUGCAGCUGCAGCCUGAGUUUGUCCCCGCCAAGAACCGCAUCCAGACCAUCCAGUGUCACUUGAUGCUGAAGAAGGGACGGCGCUCUCCGUAGGACACCCCUCCUCUCUCUCCAUCUUGAUCCAUGCUCUUAAAAGCAGAAUAGGAAAUCAAUCAUUGCCAGUAUCUACUCUUAAUGAUGUGUGUGAAAAUAACCAAGUUAGACUUACAACAGGACUUUGACAUAUGUGAGAAUCAGUUUGUUUUUGAUAAGUUCCUUCUUUCCCCCAGCCAGCCUCAGAAGGGGUAUGUUCAAGAAACACACAUUUAUUUUUCUUUCCUUUUUUUUUUU